AUGGAGAACGAAGAGAUAGACCAAGUUAUCCAACAUCAAAAGGAAACUGAAGGUGAGAUCCAGAGGAUCUGGAUAAAUUUUAAAAAAGAUUCUACCACAAGAUACUCAAAGCAGUAUUUUGAGAUGCGUUUGGAAAAUUUGCGUCAGAAAUGGGACGCAUUUGAAGACAAUAAUGAUAAUCUGAUCAAAAAUUUGAAGCCUGAUCAUGAAUAUAUCACAAAACAUUACUUUGGCCAGUUACAACAAAGACGGAAUGAAAUCGAGAAUCAAUUUAAUAAUGAAUUAAAAACACUAAGGCAAAGAGAGCAAGAGGAAGCUCGGUCAUCAAGGAAUCAAGACAUAAGUAUCAAUGACGAAGUCAUCAUCACCGAGCCAUGUGAUAUUACGAACAAACGUUUAGCAAUCUUAAGCACAAGUCUAUUGCAGAUCAAAGAGACAAUAGACUUAACGAAAAGUGUUGAAACGUUACAGUUUAAGUUUGAAAAACUAAAGAAUUUUUGGGCAAAGAUCUUACAAUUACACGAUGAAUGCCUGCUCAGAAAUGAUGCAAUAAACCAUGAAGAUUUCAUUCAACUGGAAUCGAUAUACGAAGGAGUAUAUAUUCAGUUACAAGAAGAACUGAACGUUCGUAGUCAAAACGUUUCAGACACAAGAACAUCUUUAAGUAAUAAUAUCAAACUACCACCGUUGAAUGUACCAAUAUUCAACGGUAGAUAUGAAGAGUGGUGUCCAUUUUGGGAAUUGUUCGACAGGUUACUUCAACAAAACCAUAAUCUAGUGGAUGUAAAAAGAAUGCAGUACUUAAAAGGAAGUCUGCGGGGAGAAGCCGCAAGGCUCAUUAAUCAUUUAACAAUAACAGCGAACAAUUAUACAGCGACAGUUGAAUUGCUGAAACAAAGAUACAACAAUCCAGCAAUACGUGUGGACAAUCUUAUUAAUAAAGAAGUGUUAUAUGGUAUACGUAAUUUAAAUGUGGACACGUCAAGUUGGGAUCCACUAAUAAUACAGAUACUGCUUCCAAAAUUAGAUGGUGCAACCAGAAAAUUAUACCAACAUAUAAGAGAAGCAUCAACACAAAUACCAAAAUUGAACAGCUUAUACGAGUUUAUUGAGAGCAGAGUUAGAAGAUUGGAGGCAACUCGUGACACAAAUCGCGAAAAUAAGAAUAAUUUUCGACCAACAGCUGUAAAUACAAAAAGGCAUGUAACUACAAUACAUACGCUAUGUUUGGUGUGUAAUGGUAACCAUCAAUUAAUUCGAUGUUCAAAGUUUCUAAAUAUGAAGGUGCCGGAACGUUGUGAAAAGAUUAUGAGCGCCAAAUUAUGUUUUAAUUGCCUUCAGAGUGUGCAUUUUAUUAAGUUGUGCUUGAAUAAAAAAAUAUGUACAAUUUGCGACAAAAAACAUCAUCAUCUUACACAUGAACAAGUUAAAGGCAAACCAACAUUCACAAAUAACAUAAAUAAACAGAGGAUGCCAACAUUAAAGAACGCCACGGAAACCGAAGUGGCAGCGUCGUACAACAUCCAAAAGGAAAAUAUUGUUUUACUAGCAACAGCAAUGGUAAUAAUAAGGACUAAAAAACAACUUAAUCCAAUACGAGCGCUUCUUGAUCAGGGAUCACAAUCUUGUAUAAUAGAACAAUUAGCAAGAUCAAUCAGUACACCAUUGACCAAUUAUCAAACUCAAGUAAAAGGUAUCAAUGAGCAAACAACAAGCGUUAUAGCCAAAUGCUCAUUAGAAAUUCAAUCUAUACAUGAUAAGAAUAAGAGCUAUUAUAUCGAAGCAAUAGUGUUACCAAAAAUUACAUCAAAAAUUCCGAAUGCUGAAUUCACGCCAGGAAAUUGA